AUGAAGGAUUCAUCUUUUCACUUCACUGUGCAGCUAGAUGUUGGAGAACAAAUUACUAACAUCUUUUGGGCUGACCCGAAAAUGAUAAUUGACUACAGUUUAUUUGGGGAUUUUGUGAGUUUUGACACAACAUACAGAACCCACAAGGACUAUCGGCCACUAGCGGUGUUUGUAGGGUUUAACAAUUAUAGGAAGACUGUUAUAUUUGGGGCUGCACUUCUAUAUGAUGAAACAAUUGCCUCUUUCGAGUGGUUAUUUAAAAGUUUCUUAGAUGCUAUGUCAGGGAAGCAACCAAAGACCAUUUUCACUGAUCAAGACCCUGCAAUGACAAAGGCUAUCUCACUAGUUAUGCCUAAUACGUUCCAUAGAAUAUGCACAUGGCAUAUGAGACGAAAUGCAAUUAAGCAUUUAGGAAGCAAAUAUAGAGGUGAUGAUGGUGGGAUUGGUGCAGAGCUUGCUAAAUUUAUUUACAAUUAUGAAGAUGAGGAAAGUUUCUCUAGUGCUUGGGAAGACAUGCUUGAUAAAUUUGAUGUUCGUGAUAAUAAUUUGGGGAUAUUGUAUUUCUUCAAGCAUUUUGAGAGGGUUAUUGAUGAUAUUACUCAUAUUGAGUUUGAUUGUGAGUAUGCUUCUCGUCAGAAGUUGCCAAAAAUUGGCUUGCCCAUUCCCUUGUUGAUUAAUGUAGGAGAUUUUUAUACAAACCCAAUUUUUGAGAUAUUUAAAGAAAAAAUUUUGAAAAGCCUGUCUGCUUUUGCUUGGAAACAGGAUGAAAGCAACCUUUCACAUGAUUGUAUGGUGAAAGUGCUUGAUAAGCCUAAAGUUCGUGAAGUUAAAGUCAACUUACAAGGCCCAACGGUGUCAUGUACUUGUAAAUUGUUUGAGAGUUGUGGAAUUUUGUGUGCCCAUGCUUUGAAAGGUCUUGACAUGAUGAACAUCAAGGAUAUACCAAAACAAUACUUACUGAAGAGAUGGGCUAAGAAAGCAAAAAAUGGAAUAGUACAGGACAUUAAUAGGUGUAUAAAUACACAUACAGCGGUUGAUUUGGAUGUGAAUUUUCGUUAUAGGAUGUUAUGCCCCAAUUUGAUUAAGUUGGGUUGUCAUGCAGCUGAAAGUUUAGAAACGACGGACAUGCUUGCAAAAUUUACAGUUGAGAUGGCAAAAAAGAUUGAUGAUAUAUUAAGUCGACAACCUAGUGUUGGCCAACAAGCAAGUGAAACUCAUGCACCUUUUUCAUCGAAAUCAUGCGAAGAAGUUUUGGACAAAAAUCAACCUCAUAACUUACAUACCUUAGGAGCAAAGGGGUUAAAGAAAAAGGAGGGUUUGGGGAAAAGUAGGCCAAGAAAAAGGCCUAAGAGUUGGGUUGAGUUGCAAGCAAAGAGCAAGAAAAGCAGACAAAUGUUGGAACCUCAAUCAACCCCUCACUCAUCUUCUACUUUUGCAGAUACUACUUAUCCUCCACUAUCAGAUUGUUCAUUACAGGGUGUUGGGAUGUCUAGUUCCAUGGCAUGCAUGAUUCCAGAAACACCUCAAGCUUGGAACGAUUCUUCAUUCACUCAAUUGGAGUUUAGAUGCCCAGUUCUAUGCUUUGUUCUUCAUUUCAAGAUUCUCAAGGAUCUAGAAGUACUAUGCGUUGAAACAAAAUGA